AUGCCCUCGCCGCCUCCGCCCGGGUCGGACUCGGAGCCCAUACUGCCCAGCGAUGCUGUUGCCGGCCUCGGCCUGGAGCACCGGAGGAUGUCGUCCACGGCCGCCUCAACGGGCUUGUCCCUGCGGGAGUCGUACUCGUCUCCUGAAAAGGGGGGUCUGCGGGCGCGAAUGGGCUUGGCUGGCGUUGCCAGGCGCACGCUCGGCAUCUCCCUCUUGCUUGUGACCGUCUUUCUAUGGACCGUAUCAAACUUCCUGGCCAGUUUCAUCUUCUCCGACCACACCUACAACAAGCCCUUUUUCCUCGUCUACAUCAACUCGUCAGUUUUUGCCGCGUCGGUGAUGCCCAUGUUUGCAAGGUACAUGCUCAAGAGUGGGAUCCGGGGCUUGCGCAACGACGCGGUGCGCAUGUGGCACGAGCACAGACAGUCGCGCUCGGCCACCAAACUGCGGGCGGCGGGCGGCGACGACGACGAAACAACGGGCGAGCGCUUGCUGGUGGAUGACGAGGGGGUGCUCGAAGCUUUCGCCCCGGGCGACGGCCAGCUCGGCUUCCGAGAGACGGCCGUGUUGAGCCUCGAGUUUUGCAUGCUGUGGUUCUCAGCCAACUACUUCGCGUCGGCAUGUCUCGAAUACACGAGCGUGGCAAGCGUGACGAUUUUGACAUCGACGAGCAGCAUGUGGACCCUAGUCUUUUGCUCCGUCUAUGGCGUCGAGUCCUUUUCUGUCCGCAAGCUGGUGGGCGUCAUGGCCUCGCUCGUCGGCGUCGGCCUCAUCUCGACGGUGGACCUGUCGGGCGAAAGCGACGAGAACCGGGGGUCAUUUCCCCACAAGACGCCGGGGCAGGUUGCCAUUGGCGACUCAAUGGCCUUGUUCAGCGCCGUCGUCUACGGCCUGUACGUGACGGUGAUGAAGCGGCGGGUCGGCGACGAGGACAAGGUCGACAUGCGCCUGUUCUUUGGCCUGGUCGGAGUCUUUAGCCUGGCCCUGCUGUGGCCGCUGUUUUUCAUCUUACACUGGACCAACAUUGAACCGUUUGAGAUGCCUCCGACGGGCAAAGUUUGGGCAGUCAUCGUCGCCAACUCGCUAUCGUCGUUCGUGAGCGACAUAUCGUGGGCGUUCGCCAUGCUCCUGACGACGCCGCUCGUGGUGACGGUGGGACUGUCGUUAACGAUCCCCCUGUCGCUGAUCGGGGAGAUGAUACAGUACGGGCAGUACUCGAGCUUCAUCUACUGGAUCGGGGCCGCCGUGGUGUUUAUCUCCUUUCUCUUUAUCAACAACGAGAGCCAGGAAGAGGGCGGGGCCAGGGCGCCGAGCGAGGGCAGCGGUCUUGUCGGCACUCGAUUGACUGAUUCUCCGCCUCUGCCUCCUCCUCAACAUGCGGAACCUCGGACGGCGAGCGCAUAG